AUGGCUGCGAGGCGAGCCAAAGGCAACUACGAAUUUCUCGUGCGUAGUGCAGUCAAUCAGGCCCAUGCGCAUACCACGGUAUUAUCUAUCGAGCCAUUCGAAACACAAGGCUUCUCUAGUACAACUUAUUCGGUGCAAUUAGGUGACCAGACAUCGAUCGUCGUGCAAGUUCGACCAUCCGACCGGCCUUUACUUCUGUCUAACUUGGAUACAGCCCGUUCAACCUUUGGCUCUCUCGUUCCUUCAGGCUCUUUUUUGAUGUCCACUGAUGAUGGUCCAAAUCGGCAGCUACUCUUUUACUCGAUGUCCCGAGUCCCGGGGAGAAGCUUUGACUCAUACAUGCGAUUUUUAGGUAGCCACGCGACUGAUAGCAUGCCAUCCAUCGCUCGGUCAUUGGGGACAAUUUUAGCCAAAGCGCUUAUCCCAGAGGCAGAACUUGCUGGGCUGAUUAGCUCGCAAGGCGGGGAGAAAGCCCAAGGGCUCAACCUUCUAGAAGAACAACUCCAACGCGCAAUUCAAGCGCAGACGGAUGUGAAGUCUUUCUCAGAUCUAAAACCUUUGUUUGCAUCACUUCUUCAUAGUCUCCGUACCGACGCUGAGCUAAAGCACCUUCCAUUGACCAUAUCUAACGGCGAUAUCAGUUCCACCAACAUCAUCAUUCAGAAUGACACAGUUUCCGGAAUCGUUGACUGGGAAUACAUUGAUAUAAGACCACUGGGGUAUGAUACUGAAGCCAUAUUUUGGUUGAUGUGUAUUUUAGAUCCCCCCACCAACUCUUUCUCUCUACGUCCCAAUUCUCAAGAGAUCGAACAAUCAUUCUGGACUGCAUUUAGCACUACCCUCCCUGCGCACCUUCGUUCACAACAUACUGCAAUAGAACUUGCACUGCACAUUGCUUUUGCCAUAAAAGCAUGUCCAACAGGACAAUUCAACCCGUUGUGGGCUACAUCCCUUCCAGAGAUGUCCAAAUAUCGUAUUCCAUUGCAAUACUGGGCUCAGGCUUAA